UUGGUGUGGAUUGUACCUGUUAGGACAGAAAUGGACGUGUUUCAGUCUUUACAGUAAUGUAACACAGCUAGUGUGUACUGUCCGAAUAACUGAAGCGAAGAGAGAGAGCGAGAGAGGGAGGGAGGAACACCUUCAGUGUUUAAGGCUGCAGGCUACCUGUUCGUCCUCCACAGGCUGCAGUGGGAAGCGCUUAGUCUGCGCGUGCGGGCGAAAACAAGUGCGACAAACUCCUGGAAACUGGAAACCCAAACAGCGCACAGUGAUGCCGCACAGACUGCGCCGAUUCACGAUGCGUUUAAGCGGAAUGAAGCAGUAAUUAGCGCGCCUACAGCAGCAGCAGUGGCGUGAGAGAACAAGGGCACUGAGUGCUGGGAGUCUUUGAAUGGGUUUGGACGUGUGAGCUCUGGCUUUGCUCGGAUGGGAUGCUCGGUGAGCUUCAUCUGCUGUGAAGAGGACUUUCUGCAAAUGCCUGUUUACCACCAUGGGGAGGAGAAGAAGAAAGGAAGCCCGAAGAAGCCAGAGGAGUUGGAGGCGCUUCAUUCCCACACGUUCCGGGUGAAGACUUUCAAGAAGGCAAAGCACUGCAGCGUCUGCAAACAAACCAUCAUCCAAGACGGAUUCAUCUGCCGAGUGUGCCGAAUCGCAUGCCACAAGAAAUGUGAAGUCAAGGUGUCCUCAUCUUGUGUUCCAGCAACAAACUAUGAGUUGGCGCCGAGCAGUGACCUCCCUCUCAAACACGUAGACACCAUGGGCUCAACAAAAUCCUCAAAGAGCAUGGAGCCACGGCGCAGGCCAUCGAGGAGUGCGAGUCUGCUGCAGGCCCUGGAGGAGAGCUACGAGCUGGACCUGAUCUACAUCACAGAGCGGAUCAUCUCUGUCUCCUUCCCCAGCAAUGUGGAGGAGCAGAGCUACGCUGCCAACCUGAGGGAGGUGGCCUCCAUGCUGCGAUCAAAACACGGGAACAACUACCUGCUCUUCAACCUCAGUGAGAAGCGCUAUGACAUCAGCCAACUCAAUCCAAAGGUUCUGGACUUUGGCUGGCCCGACCACCACGCUCCAGCCUUGGACAAAAUCUGCAGCAUCUGUAAGGCCAUGGACACGUGGCUGAGUGCGGACAGCCACAAUGUUGUGGUUAUACACAAUAAGGGCAAUCGAGGCAGAACAGGAGUGGUGGUGGCGGCUUACAUGCAUUACAGCAACAUAUCUGCCAGUGCCGACCAGGCUCUGGACAGAUUUGCCAUGAAACGCUUCUAUGAAGACAAAGUGCUUCCUGUGGGUCAGCCAUCUCAGAAAAGGUAUGUGGAGUACUUUAGCGGCUUGCUGUCCGGACACAUCAAGAUCAACAACAAGCCGCUGUUCCUCCAUCACGUCAUCAUGCACGGCAUCCCCAACUUCGAGUCCAAGGGAGGUUGUCGUCCUUUUCUCAAAAUCUACCAGGCCAUGCAGCCCAUCUACACAUCUGGGAUCUAUCAGAAAGUCGAGUCACUUUUCCCUUUUCCAGAUGUAAAGACAUUCACAUUUUCUGCUCUGCCUCUUUGUACUUCUGGUCAAGGUGUGGACCACCUGGAGAACGGGCCGAGUGUCUCAGUCGACUACAACACUCAAGAUCCCCUGAUCCGCUGGGACUCCUACGAAAACUUCAAUCAGAACUGCGAGGACACCACAGAAGAAGUCAUUCAUACCCAAGGACCCCUGGAUGGCAGCCUCUAUGCCAAAGUACGCAAAAAAGAAUCUGUUGACGGAGCAGUCACAUCGAACGGCCUUCCACCCUCUGCUAUUGAACAUGCUUUACCUGCGGUUGACCAUGCCUUGUCUGUGAGCAGCGACUCAGGAAACUCUACUGCCUCUAUCAAAACCGACCGAACUGAUGAAGCAACAGCAGCCCCUCCGGCUUCCACAGUGAACCAGACACACAUUCCUGUGGGUGAGGAGUUACCCUCGGUCCAUCAACACGCUCCACCUGCCCAACAGUCUAUCAGUCCGCAAGAGAAAAAGGAGCUAGAGCAGCUACUGAGUGGCUUGGAGGGGCCCAUGCACAGACAGGCCUACCUAUCAGCUCCGGCAUCCGCUGUUGGAGGGAUGCUUCACCUGGUGCCCGCACAGGUCCAUGUUAAUGGGCAUGGUAACAUUGACCGUGAGACCGACAUUCUAGAUGAUGAGCUUCCUACCAGUCAAGAGGGCAACAGUGUUGACAGCCUUGGGACGUUCUCUUCCACAGAUGGGCGGGCUACACCAGCUGAUCUCUACUAUCAGUCUGAGUCCAUUAUCAAUGGUCAGGACCACGUGCCAUAUCUGGAGCGCAACGUCCCAGAAAAGCCUCUGGAGACCGUCCAACCACAGCUUGGCAUAUCUGGCAAGUCUGUCACGUUGCCCCACAGUGAUUCUACCCCAUUCUCUGGUAGUUACAUGCCUACUCAGAAUGGCAGUCUGUACCGCUCUCAGUCUUUUGGUGCAGAGUCAAAGUCAAUGCCACAAGCUCCCACUCGCACCACUAGUAGCAGGGAUGCCGUCCAGCGCGGUCUCAAUGUUUGGCAGCGGUUCGGAGUGCCAGAAGAGCCAGUAACUGAAGGCCUCACUUUUAGUCCGCCUCCCACUGUUGCAACCAUGCCCAGCCACCACAGCCUGCCACAGUUCCCUCAUCGCCACAGCGCCUCGCAACAAGAGAUUGAGCAAUCAAUUGAAACUCUUAAUCUCCUUAUGUUGGACCUGGAGCCAGGCCGUUCGCUGGUGACAAAGUCCCAAAGUGCUCCAUUGCGCGAAAACACUGCUGUAGUGACCACACAGCCAUCCUUUUCUCAGAACCAAACCAGGCCCUCCUACCUGCCUGAUUCCACCAUUCACACCCAUUUUUCAGGCCCCGUGUCCAGCCACUCAUCACCACCUGUGAAGCCUAGUACAUCAGAACCUGCACCUGUCCAACGAUCUCUGAGUUACACCUCUGGAACAGCUUCAACAAGUACUUCCUCACAAGCCUCCCCCACUGUAAGUUGCCAGAUCAAGACGGUCAGCAGUUACCCACCAACAACGCUGCCCCAGUCUGCAGAGGCCUCUGAACCCCAGAAAAGCCCUAGUGCAUCUUCAGCAUCACCCCAGCCAAGAGACAGUGAGCCUGAUGAGGUCUUUAACAUUGAAGGUCUGGUGGCCCAAAGAGUGGCUGAGUACUCGGCUCGUGUCCAAAGUGUCAUCCCCAGCAUGACCUCUUCUCAGUCUGAGCACCGUCGUUCUCACUCCCUCUCGGGCGUCCAGGCCCGAGUGUCAUCCUUGGAUGAGCCCACAGCUGCUCCCCGCCGUCGCAUCACCAGCGAAGGCCAGAACCAGAACGGAUCAGAUGACAAUACGUCUCCUGAUGUCCCACUUCGCUCUCCUAUUCGGUGUGUUUCACCAGAGUUUGUCAACGCCAUAGCGAUGAACCCCGGUGGACGGCCAAAGGAGAAAAAUAUGCACAGCUAUCGAGAGGCCUUUGAGGAGCUGGAAGGAGGUCACAUCAGUCCUACACCCACAGUUGGUGGUGAGGUGUUUCCCCAAACCCCUGCCUUCCCCGUCUCACCGCAAACCCCUUACUUCAACCUAUGUCGCUCCCCUCCUGGCCUUGCCAAGACUCCACUGUCAGCCCUGGGUUUGAAGCCCCACAACCCCGCGGAAAUCCUCCUCAAUCAAACAGGCUCAGAUGAUGAAAGCAGUGAGGGUGAGGAAGCACCAAGAAGCUAUGUGGAGUCUGUCGCCAAGUCAGCAGUGGCAGGAGGAGAGCCAUGCACAUCACAUAGAAGCCUUACUCCGCUGGGAGAUGCUACAGCCAAGCAGAGAAGUCCAAGUCCCACCACCACUCACACACUGAACCCACCUUUGUCCAGCAGCAGUCCCAUACAGAGCUCACCGGGCGAUCACCCUGUAGCAGAGAGCAGCGUUAGCACUCCGUCCCAACCCACUACUGAUUCCGGGUUCCGCUCCCAGCCUACAGAGAGUGCCUACCCCACUCCUACUCCAUCAUAUCAAGCCUUGAAUACCCCCACUUCAUCCUACCUGGAUUCUAGCUCUCCAACCUCCUCCUACCUUGGCACUGCAACACCCACACCACCUUACCUGGGUCCUAGCACCUUGUUAGGAAGCUAUGCAUCCUCAGAUCCCCACCCGCCCAGUUCAGAACCAGUUCAGACCACACUCGGCCAUGGAAGCCCCAGUAAACAGAUCCAGACCAACAUCAUUGGCUCUACUAACAAUCCCGUCCUCCAGCAGCGCCCCAGUAGUAAUCAGGAAGUUCCCGUCAUGAACCAGCAGACAUCACCAGCUAACGGCUUUGAAGUGGGCGUGUCGGGUCUCAGCGGCAGUCCCGUCCUUGGUCAUUGUCCAUCUCAGGGAGCGCAGAGUAGUCCAGUCCUCAACAGGCAGGCUGCUAUGGGGUCAGGGCCCCAGCAGAGCCCAGUCCUCAGCAGACAGCCGUCCCUCGGUCAGCCUAUUCAGAGCAGCCCUGUGCUCAGCCGACAGCCAUCGAUCACACAGGCUCAAGGAAGUCCUGUGUUGGGCCGUCACCCCUCCAUUUCUCAGAUGUCCCAGAGAAGCCCCAGUUUAGACCGUCACCCCAUGCACAGUGGUUACACGACACCAGAUGAACGACAUGGGAACCUGUCACGACAGAGCAGUUCUUCGGGCUACCAGGGACCACCAACUCCCUCAUUCCCCAUCUCACCUGCAGGCUACCAAGAUGGAGGGAUGAUGGGGAUGGGUUUAGGGUUCAGGCAGGGCAGUCCAGCCCCUGGAUUCCAGCCCCAGCUUCCAGAGAAGAGGCGCAUGUCAAGCGGCGAUAGACCAAACGGAGCGCUGUCCUAUGGCACGAUGAACGGGAAGAUGAUGCCCACAAUGAGUGGAGGAGGCAAUCCCAGCUACUUCCACACCCUUUCUGACUUUUCAAGGUUCACUAUGACUGAUGGAAGCCCCGACAGCAGGCUGAACGUCAAGUUUGUUCAAGACACGUCCAAGUUCUGGUACAAACCUGACAUUUCCAGAGAGCAAGCCAUCAGCCUGCUGAAGGACAGGGAGCCCGGAGCCUUUGUUAUCCGGGACAGUCACUCCUUCAAAGGAGCUUAUGGCCUAGCCAUGAAGGUGGCGUCUCCUCCACCCACUGUGCAUCCGAACAAGAAAGGUGACAUCACCAAUGAACUGGUGAGGCAUUUCCUGAUCGAGAGCAGCCCUAAAGGAGUGAAGCUGAAAGGUUGCCCCAACGAGCCUUACUUUGGUUGCCUGUCUGCAUUGGUCUACCAACAUGCUAUAACACCACUGGCCCUCCCAUGCAAACUAGUCAUCCCCACCACAGAGCUCACUGAGGAAGUACCGGAGGUCACAACAGCAAACCCGAUGGCUGAAAGGCUGAAACAAGGAGCAGUGCUGAGGGCCCCUGCUGAUUCCCAUGCAUGCAAUGUUCUCUACAUCAACUCAGUGGAGAUGGAAUCACUGACAGGGCCUCAGGCUGUCGCUAAGGCCAUAUCUGAGACACUGGCUGCUGCUUCUCCACCUACUGCCACCAUUGUGCACUUCAAGGUGUCCUCACAAGGCAUCACACUGACUGACAACCAGAGGAAGCUUUUCUUCCGACGCCAUUACCCUACCAACACUGUCACGUUCUGUGAUAUAGACCCUCAGGACAGAAAAUGGAACAAGCCUGAGGGAGGAACAGCCAAGUAAGUAAACUUUCCUUUCAGUCAAUAUUUGAUACUUGAAAGCACGCUUUUUAAGAGCCUGACUGAUGCUGAUAUUUAGUUUCUGUCAGACGCACCCAUAACAGUUGCUUCGUGUAGUAAUUUGAGUCCUUACUAAGAUGAUAUGGCAUUGAAGUUUGAAAAGAAACAGUUUGUUUUACUCUUCCAACCUGCUGAUUAUUCGUUCACACUCUGCUUGUGUUUGUAGUGU